AUGACGACCCAGAUACAGAAAUCAUGGAUAGAAACUGCAGCUCAAAAUCACUGUCACGUGGUGACUCAGGUCUGGUCCGUGAUCCAGACUUUCCUAACAAAAAUCCAGAGAGUGGACUUGCUCUCAGGGGUUGGGUUUGGGACAGAAGUCCAAGAAUUGGGCCGAAGAAAAUGGCAUUUUUGUGAAUUUCCAUCCACUGAGAGGGCUAUUUAUAAAGCAGCCGGAUAUACAUACCCGCGUUAUCAACAAUUUAGGGUUCUAGGGUUUCCGCUCAUUCAACAACAGCAGUCAAAAGCAGCAGGAGCAGCCAUGGUUCUCAAGACCGAACUCUGUAGGUUCAGUGGGGCAAAGAUCUACCCUGGCAGAGGCAUCAGAUUUAUCCGGUCCGACUCUCAGGUGUUCCUCUUUAUCAAUUCAAAAUGUAAGAGGUACUUCCACAACCGGUUGAAGCCAUCCAAGAUUACAUGGACAGCCAUGUUCAGGAAGCAACACAAGAAGGAUAUUGCUCAAGAAUCUGUUAAGAAGAGGAGACGUACCAACAAGAAGCCUUAUUCAAGGUCUAUAGUUGGUGCCACCCUGGAGGUUAUCCAGAAGAGAAGGACUGAAAAGCCAGAAGUUCGUGAUGCUGCCCGUGAAGCUGCCCUCCGGGAAAUCAAGGAAAGGAUUAAGAAGACCAAGGAUGAGAAGAAGGCUAAGAAGGCAGAAGUUGUUGCCAAACAGAAGGUCAAGGGUCAGAAUAUUUCCAAGGGAGCUGCCCCCAAGGGUCCCAAGCUUGGUGGCGGUGGCGGUAAGCGCUAAGCAAUUUCUGUUGUCUACCAGCAGAGUAAAGUAACUGAUAGGACGUGUUUGUUCUGUUUCUCUUUGAAGAUUUUGUAAGGAUUGAUAUGCGCAGGAUUUUAUUUGUUUUUUCAUUUCAUCUAUGCUAUACCUGUCACAUUGGUAUUAUUAAGUAUGGAAAGUUGGGUGUUGGACUUGAAUUGGUUUUAUCUCACUCUGCUUAUAAAAAUCCAGCCAAAGGAUUCAUAAACAAGCUUAAGAAUCUGGCUGGCAAUAAUGAU